CACCCUCUUCCCAUUGUCUCGCCGGUGUCCAGCAUCGCCAUCUGGAUUGAAGUGCAUCUUCUGUGACACAGUGGACGUCUAGUACAAGUGGGGCCUCUUGCAGCGACUGCCUUCACUCCUUCUAUGACGACACGUGGGUUGGUUUGGAAUAUGUGCCAAAGGUCGUCCCUGCACGACGCAUGACUUUAUGAAAGAGGAACUCUCGGGCUGAGAGUUCUCCCCAGAGGAGCAGGCAAUCUGUAGGCUGUACGGAGUCGGCGAUCCAUCAAACAUAUUCGAGCAGAAAGUCGGCGUUCGUAAGCCUCUAGAUACUAUUGCCCGAUCACACCACCAUCGAAGCCAGAUAUCAAGGCUAUACAAUGACCAACGCCUUCAACGACCAAGAGAAUCGCACAACUUUGCAAACAGAAUCGCUUCAACCAGCUAUGCCGCAACUACAAAUACCAACCCAUCUGAAAUUCGGGCCUUUCUCCAUAUCCUCCCAGGUCUUUCAUCUUUCAAGGACCCAUCUAUCCUACGGCUUGGUCAACUUGAAGCCGAUCCUGCCAGGCCAUGUCCUCGUUUGUCCAGUUAGGGUCGUCCCAAGGAUAUCCCAGCUAAGCGUUGUUGAAACAUCCGAUCUGUUCAACACUGUCCGGGUAGUCUCGCGGACGCUGGAACGCGUCUACUCCGCCAGCGCGCUCAACGUUGCCAUUCAGGACGGCGUCGACGCUGGCCAAUCAGUGCCACAUGUUCAUGUGCACAUAAUCCCAAGACAUAAGGGCGAUUAUGACCAUCGAGGCGGCGGCGAUCAAAUAUAUGAGGCCAUGGACGGGGUUGAAGGCGACGUUGGCAAAGCGUUCAUUGAAAUGCAGCAACUGAGAAACCAGAGAAUGGAUCACAGAAAAGAGUUCUCGGUCGGUCCGGACAGUGACAGGAAGCCGAGAAGUGAGGAGGAGAUGAAGAAGGAGGCAGAGUGGUUGAGAGGUGAGAUGGAGAAGGACCAAGAGCAAGACAGCUAGAGGAGUGGUUGGCUCCCGUGGGCCCCCCUUCAAAUGUUGGAAGGGCCUGCCGAUCAAGACCAUCAAAAACACCUUCCCAUUGCGACUGAAGUGGCGGUCAUGAUCUUCUGGACAACCCAAUUCGCAGCCAAAGGCAUUGAGGGAGAGCUCAAAGCGUUUGGACGUGAGAUUGUGCCCAGUCGCACGGAAGGAGGUCACCCUACCCGGAGAAUUUGGGUCUGAGGACCACGCCGCCAUGCUAAGAAUGAAUCCAGGAACGACGAGGCUGGCCGUCCCAUGGUACCGACAGCGCAAUGAAAGCCAGAAGCCGGCUGGGGUUAAGAAGCAGUCCAACAGAUGAAGUAUGGAAGAGGUCAGGUACAGUUGCGGUGAGAGGAUGACCUGGAGCAUUGACUCGGUAUAGAUCUACUCCAAAGGUAUCAUUACAGACUCAGGAAGAUUACUUCUAUUGAUCAUUGUCAUUCAUACGCCAUCUAUGUAUUGCUCUGUG